AUGGUAUUUAUGGAUCCAGAAGGAUGGUGGGAUAACAUUAUUACUGACAUACAACAAACAGAAAUUGUUACAGCUUUUAAAAGAAUUACAGAUCCCCUAACAGGAACUGUGCAAUCUGAACAGGAUGCUGUUUAUACUCUUAUCAAUACAAUUCUACACCAUUUUGUAGGAGCCUCUCCUGAUGGUUUGGAAGACAGGAGUAGAGAACUUUUACAGAAUUUAAGAUGUCCAUCUUUAUCUCAUUUCAGAUGGUAUAAAGAUGUGUUCAUGAUGAGAGUAGUAAGACAAUCUGACGCCAAUAGUGAACAUUGGAAAGCCAAGUUCAUUAAUGGUCUUCCUACCCUCUUUGCAGAAAGAAUCCGAAAGAAAUUAAGGGAUAAGCAUAGAUGUCUAUUCCUUAUUCAGAAUACACUUAUGUAUCCAUCCAAACAUAAGCAUAAAAAACAUAAGUAUGGAAAAUCUUCAAAAGAUUAUUCCAAAAAAUACAGAAAAAAGAAACAUUAUAAACAAUCAAUCCAGCAAGCCCAGCCUUCAAAGGCCAAAGGAAAACAAAAGAAAACUUAUCCUCAAAAGGAUAAAACUACUGUUAAAUGUUACAAAUGGGGACAAAUUGGUCACUAUGCUAAUCGUUGUAAAACCAAGAUACAACAGAAAUUAAAUGCAUUAGCUUUAGAUGACGAAAUCCAGCAACAAAUUCUUCAGAUACUUUCUGAAGAUUCUGAUUCAGAUUCCACUUCAGAUGAUGGUAUUGCAGUUAUGUACUCAUCAUCUUCUGAUACUGAUGCUGAAUCCUCUCUAGAAAUUUGUGCCUGUCAACCACAAAUCAAUCAAAUUACCUAA